CGUCGUUUCCGGGACUCAGGGACGAGCUAGGUGUCGUAGAAGAGGUGGACUGACAAAUGAGAUCUGCGGCCUGACGCUGUUGGGAUUUUUUGAGAGCAGACGUGUUGAUGUAGAUUUCCCUGCACUUCAUUGAUUAAUAACUGAAUGCUGUCCUGUUCCAGGUCUCCUGGUCCUAGUGUCGACUUUCCAACCUGUUUGAAAUGAAGCUACAGAAAAACACCCAACCAGAACAUUUCACACAGAGGUUAAACUACUAGAGGAAGGAAAGAACAUGGAAUCCACAGAAAUCUGCAAUACUCAACAAACAUCCUCAUCUACCCCUCCCAAACAAAUGCAGAAAAAUACAAACAAGAAGAAAACUCACCACUGCUCAGACUGUGGAAAGAGUUUUCCUCGCCCGAGUCAUCUCCAACUUCACCAGCGCAUUCACACUGGAGAGAAACCGUUUCACUGCUCAGACUGCGGGAAGAGUUUUAGUCGGCAGGGUAAUCUUCAACAACAUCAGCGCAUUCACACUGGAGAGAAACCGUAUCACUGCUCAGACUGUGGGACGAGUUUUAGUUGUCAGAGAAAUCUCCAACAACACCAGUACAUUCACACUGGAGAGAAACCGUAUCACUGCUCAGACUGUGGGAAGAGUUUUAGUUGUCAGAGAAAUCUCCAACUACACCAGCGCAUUCACACUGGAGAGAAACCGUAUUACUGCUCAGACUGUGGGAAGAGUUUUAGUCGUCAGAGUCAUCUCCAACGACACCAGCGCAUUCACACUGGAGAGAAACCGUAUCACUGCUCAGACUGUGGGAAGAGUUUUAGUCGUCAGAGUACUCUCCAACGACACCAGCGCAUUCACACUGGAGAGAAACCGUAUCACUGCUCAGACUGUGGGAAGAGUUUUAGUCGUCAGAGUCAUCUCCAACAACACCAGCGCAUUCACACUGGAGAGAAACCGUAUCACUGCUCAGACUGUGGGAAGAGUUUUAGUUAUCAGAAAUAUCUCAAACGACACCAGCGCAUUCACACUGGACAGAAGCCGUAUCACUGCUCAGACUGCGGGAAGAGUUUUAGUCAGCAGGGUAAUCUCCAAACACACCAGCGCAUUCACACUGGAAAUAAACCGUAUUAUUGCUUUGAAUGUGAGAAGAGCUUCCGGUAUUCAAGUAAUUUGAAAAAACACAAAUGCUCUAAGAUUAGUUACAGAAGUGGUCUGUAAAACAUAAAUACAUAUUUUCAGGAGUAACAGACAUCUACAAUAAACAGGUAGCCAACUGGAUGAAGAGUAGAAAAUCCAGUAACGUUUUGUGUUUCUAUAAUGUGAUUGGGUACCCAAAUACACGGCAUUACUACUAUACUAUACUAUCGUGAUAAGCUCCAUGUCCACAUGUGGUAGUUUCUCCAAGUUUGAAAGUUACGCUCUUAACCAGGGGUCGGCAGAUGGGCCUGCAAGCAUGAAACAUCUGGCUCGUGAGGUUGUUUGGACUACAAUGAACGAUAACGGAAAAAAAAUAAUAUGCUUCUCUUGUGAGCUUUUGUGUACAUUCCUCCCCUGUCUGCUUUAAUUUCCACCCGAUCUCAUUUUUCUGCCAGUUCAUGCUGGAAACUCCUUAAACCUUCCUGCUGAUUAUAUUUAUGGUAUACUCGGAUGUAAUAGUGUUUAAACUAAUGAAUGAAUAAAAUACUGUUAUUCUACUGCUGGUUUUCAGUGAACAGUAAACACUGUUAUUGAUGGUUCUCUUCAUGGACAGGCUUCUUUCCAUUAUUUGUUCAUCUGCAGUUUCUUUGAAUAAAUGCAUAUUUUUAGCUAUUUUAGAGCUAAAUGGAGAAUAUGUAUGUGUUAUUUUACUGACCCAGUAAUGUUGGUUACUGAAAUGGCUCAGGAGUUAUUUCAAUAUGUGUGUUAUAAUUUGUAAAAAUGCAAUAUACUGCUGUGAAAAGUGUGGGUUUGCUGUGCAAUAAAUAAUAAACAUUUGUAUUAAAGUC